AUGGCUGAUGAAAGAGGUAUUGAAACUACACAAUGGGAGGUUUUGACGGGAUCAAUUGUCCCAAAAGGAACCAAUGCCUCAAAGCACUAUGGUUUGAGAGUCAAAGGAACUUUCUUGAGAAAUGUCUGCAUUGUCUUACAAACUCAAAAAAGCCGGCUAUUCGGUGGUCUUCAUAUUUGGUUUGAGGCUGCUGAAGUUUUCAAGAGGGAGACGGGGUAUCAAAUAACGGUCUGGAAUCCUGGUUUGCAAUUUGCAAAGCCCAGUGUCAGCAUGCCCGCUCGUUCAGCUUCCCAUCUCACGCCAAAGCAUGCAGUGCAGAGUUUGCGGUGCGUGCGGUGCGCGCUUGCUGGAAGUCCAGGUACCGCAGAGAAUUCUCAAAAAGGACACCCAAUCAUAGCUGAUACGCAAGAAUCCAAUUAA